GGGCGGGGCGGGAGGCGGGAAGGGGCCGAUCCCGCCGGGUUUCCGGGAGUGGGGAGGCAUGGAGCCAUCGCAGGAGGGGUCGGCGGAGGGGGCUGGCCGCUUCCGCGCCAGCGAGCACCAGCAUAUUCGGUACAACCCGCUGCGGGACGACUGGGUGCUGGUAUCGGCCCACCGGGUGAAGCGCCCUUGGCAGGGUCAGCUUGAGAAGCCGCCCCCCGAGGAUGUGCCCCGCUGGGACCCCAAGAACCCCCUCUGCCCUGGGGCCACCCGGGCCAACGGCGAGGUGAACCCCAAGUACGAGGGUACUUUUGUCUUCCCAAAUGACUUCCCUGCACUGCAGCCUGAUGCUCCAGAGCCUGAUGACAGUGAUCACCCCUUGUUUCGAGCUGCCCCAGCCCAGGGUGUGUGCAAGGUGAUGUGUUUCCACCCCUGGUCGGACCUGACGCUGCCCCUCAUGUCCCUGCCAGAGAUCCGGGCUGUCAUCAAUACGUGGGCAGAGCUGGCAACUGAGCUGGGUGCUUCCUACCCCUGGGUGCAGAUCUUUGAGAACAAGGGAGCGAUGAUGGGCUGCUCCAACCCGCACCCCCACUGCCAGGUGUGGGCCAGCAGCUUCCUCCCAAACGAGGCACGCCUGGAGGACCGGACCCAGCGCCAGCACCUGAGCCAACACGGCGUGCCCAUGCUGCUGGAGUAUGCUCAACAGGAGGCUCGCCGAAAGGAACGGCUGGUGGUGGAGAAUGCAGACUGGCUGGUCGUGGUGCCAUACUGGGCUGUGUGGCCCUACCAGACCCUGCUGCUGCCCCGCCGCCAUGUCUGUCGCCUCCAGGACCUCAGUGACAGUGAGAAGGACAGCCUGGCCUCCAUCAUGCAGAGGCUGCUCAUCAAGUACGACAACCUCUUUGAAGUCUCCUUCCCCUACUCCAUGGGCUGGCAUGGAGCCCCCACAGGUGCCUACCUGGAGGAGGACUGCAGGCACUGGCAGCUCCAUGCCCACUACUACCCCCCGCUGCUGCGUUCCGCCACCGUCCGCAAGUUCAUGGUGGGAUAUGAGAUGCUGGCGCAGGCACAGAGGGACCUCACUCCAGAGCAGGCAGCUGAGCGCCUGAGAAGCCUCCCUGAGGUGCACUACAAGAAGAAGGCCGAGGAGGUGUGAUGGCGACCAGCAGAGCAUCCAGUCCUAGGAUGUGAUUCUCUACAGAUCAUGGUGGCAUCUGCUCACAGGGUAUUUGAGCUGAUACUCAAGAAGGAGCUCAGCAAUGCACAGUGCUGAACCUCACCAUCAUCAUCCUCAUCAUCAGAUUGGCAGUGGAGCACAGCAAGGCCAGGAGCUGCAGCACGUGGACAGAUGCCUGGUGGAGGGAACAGUUUCUGAGUCCUGUCUCCUCAGGGCUCCCUGCCCUGAAAAGAGGGUGGGAUCCACCCCAGAAACGCCUCAUCCUGGGCCCAACAGAGAAAACUUCAUGAUCACUCUGCUUCUCUGAGAAGCAGCAUCUCAGGGGUGUCUGCUGCGUUUCUACCAAUUUUAACACCUAAUCUGAAAGAGAGGAACUCUAAUUUGAUGUGCUGGCCUGAAAAGUGCAGGAGCACUAUUCCUGCCCACACUGCAAAGAAUGGUCUCCACGCCUCCAACACAACAGAUGUCCUGACAAAGCCCCAGCUGCUCUCUGAGGACUGUGGCCACAUUUCAGAAAAGGUUAUGGACUCCCUAAUCAAUAGCUGGAGACUCUCUCUGCUCCACUCUAGGGCUGAGGUAUGGGGACUGUGGCUGGUUAGGUACAGAAAAGAGCUCUGGACUGCAUCAGAAGCAUCUAAGAUGUCAGAUUGUCUUUAAUCAUGAAAAUACAAAAGCAAGAAUCUAGUCUGGCUGCUUGGCUGUGCUGAAAUAAUCGCUCAUUUAGAAGGUGGAAUAUAAGCCUAAAAGCUAACAUUUUUGGUGUAUAUUUAUAACAGGCAGGCACAGAGGACCUAUCUACACUGCAUUUAAUUUCUUUCACAAGCUCCUUUGAUCCAGACAUUACUGUCCAGGCAAAACUGGCACAAGUUCCUUCGCAGGCAUGACCAACCAUACUGCUUUGAGCUGCCCAGCACUGCAACUGAGAGUGGAUUCAUUUUAAUUGAGUGUUUGGGCUAGCUACACCAGCCAGAAAUCUUGCUUCAGCUUGUCGCCAUGAGCUCAUUACUUCCAAAAUCCAAAGCCUUGUCUACUUCACAGGGACGGAAAAAUGGGGCACGUGCCAGGUGCCUGCAGCAGGUCUCAGCUACAGCAUGUUGGGUGAUGUAGAGGACAAUGCUGGGAUGGGAU